AGAAAUUGCAUCCGAAACUCGCCACAACACCCAUAAGGACCAUCCACCGCAGACACCAUCGCUUCAACUUCAGUUUAUGCUCCACUGAUGAUGGCUCAUCGUCUCCGGUUUAGUUGCAACUAAGCUUCGAGCCACAACUCAACGAUCCGACCAAAAUCAAGCCUGAAUCCGACAUCUCCCAGAAAAAAAAAAACCACACGCCAUCCAAAGAAGUACCAUGAUGAUGGAAUCAUCAUGUUGGCAGCCAGACAACGACAGUAACAUCUUCAGUCACACCCUCUCCAUCAUUGUUACUAACGAAACUUACUGCACCGGAAUGCAUCACAAGCAGCAGCAGCAGCAGCAACCACCACACGAUACUGCCAUGAUGAUGCGCAUGAUGAUGAUGAUGGCAGCAUAACUGGGAGUGACCACCAACUACCAGACAGCUACUGUACCAGCUUGCCUGCCUUUCAGUGUGACUACCACCCAGAUGAGACGGGAGCAGAUCUUCAAAUUUGGCUGCCACCACAACCACUCGACCAGAGAGAACGAUCAAGCCAACGAAGAAGAAGAACCGGAGGACGACGAAGAAUCAUCUGAUGCCGCCAGUAUUAAGUUCGAAAAACUGCCAUAAAAUAAAACCGAAAGAACAGCGAGAAGAAAAAACACAAAAUCGCACAAACUGAAACCGACAACAAGCUUAUCGCGCCCCUCAUCUAACCAACAACCAACGACCCUCUAAACGUCUACAGCCGAAGCGACGACACGACGAGUUUGCAAACGCAACACCUACCUACAGCGACCCCUGGGAGAUAGAGAAAGCCAUAAAACAGCAGCGUGGCAUUCUAAUCGAGAGCCAGCCUCAACCCAGGUCGUCAUCCAUUGCGGUUCUCGAAGAUCUAGGGCCCCGCCAUCACAUCGCUUCUGCUUCCGCUUGCCGUCUAUUGGGUUCACAGCUUUUCUUUUUGUGUCUGAAAGGAAAUCUGUCGGAAAAACCUGACUUUCAACUGGAUGUUGUUCUCAUCUCGUCCGGGGGGAAUUGUUCGCGCAGAAAUUAAUUUAUCGACUCUCCCGGAUCAGACGAAAUUGUUAAUUAUUUGCUACUGCUGCUGCUGCGACGGCUAGACGACGAGACGCCUUGGCGAAAAUACGCCCGCAACGCGACAAAGAAUCGUAAAUUUGUUUUAAGAUCAUCAAAAGCAUCAACAACAUCAUCGUCAUCAAGAACGUUGCGCUCAGCGAGAACCAGUCAACAGAACAACAAAACAGCAAACACAAGACACAAAAGCUCCAUCAUCGUUGUCGGAGUCGUCAAAAGAAAAGACGCAGGAAGACAGAAGAAGAAGAAGAAGAGAGUUCAACUUCCAUUUUCAAGUGAUAGAAAAGCGACAAUUGUGGGGGAGUUUGUCGCGAAAAAAGCGAAACAAUUUCAACCGAAGAAGAAGAAGACAUGAAAACUGAACAUGUUGUACUGCUUCAAUCACAAAAGCUUCCCAACGUGACGUGAACCAAGUGUAAAUCGUACCGUCAAAGAAAACCGUGAGAAAAUUUUUGCCUUCGUUUGGUCGUUUUUGUUUGUUCAGUUGAUUCGAUUCGAUUCGAUUCGGGGGUUGCUUUUUUUCGUUUGUGAGCGCCGUUACGAUUUGUCUCUGUGAUGAAGAUGAGAUUGGGUUUCUCUGGCGUGGGAUAUGUGAGGACGAACUGUUGUAAAUUGGUGGGUAAAUAAAAAAAGUGCUUCUUAUUCGUGUGGUGCUAUUGGUUUGUAGGAGAGUUCUAGUUUGGAUAAAUACGAGAAGAAAGAUCAAAGUUUGUGGGGUGAUUAUCGGCACUGGUUGAAGUAAACGUACCAAAGGAUAAAAACGUUCCAGAGUUCACGUGGUAGAUGUUAAAGAAGAACCAAAGCGAGAAGUGCAACCGAAGAAACGGAGUUCAAGAAAGUAAUUAUAAUUUUAAAAACCCCCUUUCAUAAGAAUAUUAUGCCAAAGUGUUGGAAAAGAAAACCGACGGGCUAUGUUUGUGAUGCUGUCAGUUCGCACAACAGCCACCGUUCGUGAACGGCCAGCCGAGACGGUCAAGAAGGCAAUCAACAUAAACCAGCUGAUCAAGAACCUCAACAACCGGAAGGGCAAGAGCCAAAAGCAGAAGCAGAAAAUUGGCGACAGCAGCAGCACCGGUAUCAGCAGUAGCAGUAGCAACAACGCCAACAGCCUCAACAACGCGACAGCAGUUGACCGUAGCGGCAAGCAGAAGAAGAGCAACAACAUCCGUGCUGCCGCCGACGUAAGUGACAGCCCAAGCGAUCGAAAGAACCAACAGCGGGACAAGAACAGCUAUCAAAAGACAACGGAAAAGACGACCGACAAGGCAUCGAUUACAACGAUUGCAACGACAGUAGUGACGGCAACGGUCAAGACGCCGCAUCGAAGCACGUCGAACCCGAUUCCACAGCGACUAGGACAGAUUCCGGAAGAGGACCACAAGAAACAGGAGGAGGCAGAACAGGACGCACAACAGCAGGAACACCAAGAGAGCGCAAAUCAACAGAACCAACCGGCACAGCAACAGAAUCAACAGCAGCAACAGCACAACCAGCAAGAACAGCAGCAACAGUCACAGGAACAGCAACAACAGUCCAAAACCAAGUUUCUGCUGCCGGAGUUGAACAAUUUUAGGAAGCCACCAACAGUACAGGUACCGGUGGCAACCAUACUGAACGACCUUAGUCCCGUGCCUGCGCCAGCGAAAGUCACCAAUAAAAUCUCCAACUCGAACCCUAUGAGUCCUAUGAACCCCGCCGGGCUACAAAGUAACUCGCCGGACGUUAAGGCCAUGCGGUACUACAGACUGUGGAUCUACACAUGCAACGCUGUGCUCUUGAUGGCGGUAAUCGUAUUCUGUGGCGUUGCGGGCAAAAUUCUACUCUCCGACUACAAGCGUUUGCUGGUGAACGGGCUCAGUCUGACGCAGCCGAGCUUCAUUUACGCGUACCUAGCGCUGCUGGUGCAAUCAGGUUUCUUACAACUGAUAGGGUGUCUUGGUGCCUUACGACUAUCGGAGAAAUUAUUAAACGCUUACUGGUUGCUUUUACUCGUAUUGUUAAUAGGGGACGCCAUGUUGGGCAUAUUUUGGAUGUUCAAGUUCGACAAGGUGAUGCACGACCUGCAACCGAUGCUGAAAUCUCGUCUAGCCAAUGAAUAUGGAAAUUCAAUCGAAUUAACCGAUCUCUGGGAUCGGUUGCAGAGCGAAGGACGAUGCUGCGGCGUCACUGGACCACAAGACUUCCCGAAUCUGGUGAACCGGACCUACCCGGAUUCGUGCUGCGCGGCGGACAUUGCCGAACAGAUCAGCAUAUCGCGGAGGCCGCUGGCCUCGGCCGUGGUCUACCGGAGCGAGGAGCAGCUGGACGAAAUGACGACGACCAACCGCAACUUUAGUGAUAUCAGCGACGUGUGGAGUCUGAUAACGGCUCCCAGCAGUAGUAGCAAUAGUAUCGUUAUAGGAGGCAAUGGCAGCGGCAGCGGUGCCGGGCUCGGGAGUAGUAUAGGUGGUAGCGGUAGUGGUAGCGGCAUCAGCAGUAGUAGUAGCAGUUCGAUUGCCAUGAGCAGUAGUAGCAGUUUAGGCGUUCGAAGCAGUAGCACCAGUAGGGGAGGUGGAGGCGAUAGCGGAGGUGGCGCCGUCAGGACGAUCGUGACGUGCCGAGCGGUAUAUCCACAGGGCUGCACCGAUCGGAUCGUAUCCUGGCUGAGGCACACGGCGGACAUCCUGUUCGUGCUGGGCUACUGCGUGAUAGCCUUCCUGAAGCUUUGCUUCCUCGGCAUUCUCCGGUACGAGAUCAAGGAGAUGAUUCAGAAAAUCAAACUGCUCCAAACGGAAAUGGCCGGAGCCAUUCUGAACGGGGUGGACUGCGACCAACAGCAGGUGCAGCAGUUUACCUUGUUACAGCAGGUAACGAGCACAUCGAUCAACGGGGGCAUCCAUGCGGAGCCAAAGGUCGGCAACCGGGACCGGGAGCGGACGCGGAUAGAGGCCGCGGAAAGUGAGCGGGAAUCGCUGCUCAACACCCAGCAGGAGAACACUCCGAAGCUGCUGAAACACAAACAGCUAUACACCUGCAUCAACGAGCAGCACGUUUGCGGGAGCGGGAGUGGGAGCGGUGGAGCAACGGCCAGCGGUGGCGGAGGUGGCGGAGGUGGUGGGGGUGUUCCCGGAUGCGGCUGUGAGUCCGAUACCAACUCGAACUGUGCCCUGUUGGUGGAGGAUAAUAAUACUUCGCUGCUGUCUUCCACGGGCGGCGGCGGCGGCGGCGGUGCGGCCAAGACAAUAAACGGCAACAACAACUACGAACUGAGCGAGUUCGACAGCAAGGCGCCCACGUACAGGCUCCUGAACGCUCCAACGGUAACUAGAAUCUGACUACGGUAUUAUCUCGAGCAACUGUUUGGCGAUCGCUGGCGGAAAGCGAGACCAAACGCCCGAGCAGGACGCAGCGCAACGGGGGCCGGAGUUGGAGCCGGUGGCGAGGACCUUCGGGGCCACACCUGCCAACAACUGCUACAGCAGCCACAACAACAGCAACAGCAGCAGCAGCAGCAACCGAUACAGUAUCAUCCCUUGCAGCUGAUGCAGCAGGACAGUGCCAGCAGUCGGGAAGGUCGGCGAAACAGUGCAGUGCCUCGGUUGCAGAGCAUAACCGGGAGUAGUGUCCUGAGCGGAAGUGGUGGAAGUAGUGGCGGGGUGCUGGACAGUGGCGGGCAAGACGACGUCGAGGGGGAAGGUUGUGGGAGCACUACUGCCACGGCCGGCAGCAGUACCAGCAGUAACGAGGGCGUGAUCGGGGCCGUAAGGCAAAGCGGGUCGCAGAGGCGCAAAUCUCGGAUAACGUACGACCGGGAACAGGGCGUCCGGUACUACCGGGGUACCGCAACGACCGAUAGUAACGAUUGUGAUUGUGAAGAUAUCUGAAGACGGGCCGUGCGACGCACGGCACUCAGCGAUGCGUAGCCCGUGUGCGUGUGUGUGUGAGAGAGAGAGCCGGACUUGCGAAGUGCGAAAGAGAAAACAUCCAAAACGAAUCAACUGUGAGAAAAUCGAAGCUGUGAACGUUAAGUUUUGUGCAAAGAUUUAUGUUUCCAAAACCGUACGCACCAAUUCAUCGGUAGAUAAGUAAUCAUCAUUCGUCAUCGUUUGAAGGGGACGGUUGGUGUCUCUCCGUGUUCCACAAGUACAACAUCGAUCGUCUUGAAGGACUCUUCACCCCCUUAGGUGUUAAGCUAGUUGUGGAGAUGGGAUUCUAAAAAAAAAUGGCGCCAGUUCUCCAUCAUAGUGAGUAAGUUCCCAUAUACAUCAUCCAGAACCGUUUCAGUGAUUGGUAGAGGGAAGGUAGAAGUUUUACCAUAUAUUUAGAGAUAGAAUGCCGCAAAAUGAUUCCAUCGCGUAGCUGGAAUCGGAAUUCAAAGGAACUCCGUUCAAAACCUAAAAGCCAUAGAGUAAGUAUAAAUUUUUCGUACUUUAAAGCUAAGUUUCGGGAGGUUGAAUCGGGAUUCGGUUUUUAUGAUAUUAUAAUAGUUAUCUAGUCAUGUAAGAUAGGGCAGAAAUGUUUCCAAACUAGUGAUCGAAUAGGACUGUGAAGUCGCGGAGCGUAUGUGAGUGCAUCGCUGGACGAGAACCGUUUUAUCGAAAUAUCUCGGAGCAGAUAAUUCGUUCGAACUUUUUCAAACCUUCAUAUGCACUACUGUUGGGUGGUGAACAAAACAA